UUUUAGAUUCUGUCUUUCGCCUUUCAAAUGCCAAGGGAAGAAUGUGAGCGUUCCUUGUAUUUUGAUGAAAUUGCAACCUCAAAUUUUCAUCACAAUUUAGUCGAGUAUCACUCAAUAGUUUGUUGAUGUGUUGUUAUUUAUAUCCUUAAUCCGUCACCCCUGCCUGCCACUCUGAUGGUUUGGCCCGAUUUCCCUCCGUUUCAAGUUGUGGCUGCUCCUCUGCGACUGUGGUUGCGUCUCCUGGCCUCCACCGACCUUAUCCACUCACUUUGGCGUUCUGAGAGGGAAUCUGGACUAACGGCCGAACAUGGCCUCUUUGUCUCUACGAACGAUUGGAUUAUAAAUACACAAGUGUUGCAGAAUGAGAACGCCCGAGGGAGGCAGUUAGAACCUUCCACUUGAGAGAGAAGCUGACAUCAUACGGGGCUGUGGUUGGACCCAGAGACCCCUUUUUAUGGGGGGGUGAAGGGCCCUAUCAGCCUUGUGUGAAGUCUGAACCAUGGGGGAUGGAGGCAUCAGUGCAACGGGAGGAGAAGGUGUCAACCAGUCCCACGUCCUGUUCGACAAAUUUGUCCAGGCAACCACAUGCAAGGGCACACUCAAGGCCUUCCAGGAGCUGUGUGACCACCUGGAUGUCAAGCCCACAGAGUACAGGGUCUUUUACCACCGGCUCAAAUCCAAACUCAACUACUGGAGGGCCAAAGCACUUUGGGCCAAGUUAGACAAGAGGGCCAGCCAGAAGGAGUAUAAGAAGGGCCGUGCCUGUACCAACUCAAAGUGUCUGAUCAUUGGUGCUGGACCAUGUGGCUUACGAACAGCCAUCGAGCUCGCCUUCCUGGGUGCCAAAGUGGUGCUGUUGGAGAAGAGAGAUGCCUUCUCCAGGAACAAUGUGCUCCACCUUUGGCCCUUCACCAUUCAGGACCUCAGGGGGCUUGGUGCUAAGAAGUUUUAUGGAAAGUUCUGUGCUGGUGCAAUUGAUCAUAUCAGUAUUCGUCAACUUCAGCUCAUGCUGCUUAAAGUGGCUCUCCUCCUGGGCAUUGAAAUCCAUGUCAAUGCAGAGUUCAAGGGGCUUAUUGAACCUCCCGAGGAUCAGGAGAGUGAAAGGAUAGGCUGGAGGGCUGAUGUCCACCCCAGGACACAUCCCGUCAACGAGUUGGAGUUUGAUGUGAUCAUUGGAGCGGAUGGAAGGAGAAACACACUGCCAGGUUUUCGGCGGAAGGAGUUCCGUGGCAAACUUGCAAUCGCCAUCACGGCAAAUUUCAUUAACAUGAACACGACAGCAGAGGCUAAGGUUGAAGAAAUCAGCGGAGUGGCCUUCAUUUUCAAUCAGAAGUUCUUUCAAGACCUCCGAGAAGCAACAGGUAUUGACCUGGAAAACAUUGUCUACUACAAGGAUGACACACACUACUUUGUGAUGACUGCCAAAAAACAAAGCCUGCUGGAGAAAGGAGUCAUUCUCCAUGACUAUGCGGACACAGAGCUGCUGCUUUCCAGAGCAAAUGUGGAUCAGGUUGCCCUCUUGUCUUAUGCCCGUGAGGCGGCCGAUUUCUCGACGAACCACCAGCUUCCCACUCUUGAUUUUGCAAUCAACCACUACGGCCAACCUGAUGUCGCCAUGUUUGACUUCACCUGCAUGUAUGCAUCAGAGAGUGCCGCCAUGGUGCGCCAGCGUAAUGGCCACAAACUGCUGGUGGCAUUAGUGGGAGACAGCCUGUUAGAGCCCUUUUGGCCCAUGGGUACUGGCAUUGCCCGAGGUUUCCUGGCAGCCAUGGACUCGGGCUGGAUGGUGAAGAGCUGGGCUCAGGGAAAACAGCCAUUGGAAGUGCUGUCUGAGAGGGAGAGUAUUUAUCGUCUCCUGCCCCAGACCACGCCAGAAAAUGUUAGUAAAAACUUCAGUCACUACAGUGUGGAUCCCACUACACGUUACCCCAACAUUAGCCUUAACUUCCUCAAACCCAGCCAGGUGAGGCACCUCAUAGACACAGGGGAACCGAGAGAGAUUCGUAUUGAAAUAGAGAAUGUGAUCAACUCAUCAACACCAAAGUUGACCAGGAAUGAAUCUGUAGCUCGAUCCAGUAAACUUCUCAAUUGGUGCCAAAGACAAACGGAAGGAUACCGAAAUGUUUGUGUCAAAGACCUCACCAUGUCAUGGAAGAGCGGUCUUGCCUUGUGUGCGCUCAUCCACCGUUACAGGCCAGAUCUCAUUGACUUUGACACUCUGGAUGAGCGAGAUCAGGAAAAGAACAACCAGUUGGGUUUUGAUGUGGCCGAGCGGGAAUUUGGCAUCUCACCCUGCAUGACUGGCAAGGAAAUGUCUUGUGUGGUGGAGCCUGACAAACUUUCAAUGGUCAUGUACCUCAGCCAGUUCUAUGAGAUGUUUAAAGACACAGUGCCACCUGGAGAUAAUCAAAAUCUGAGUCCAGAGGAUAAGGCUGCUCUCAUGGCAAGCACCAAAUCGCCCAUCUCCUUCCUUAGCAAACUUGGGCAGAGCAUAGCAAUUUCAAGGAAACGUAACCCCAAGGACAAAAAAGAGAAGGUUGUUGACAGUUUGGGGAAGAGGAGAAAAACCAGCCAGUCUGAAGAUGAGGAAGCAUCCAAGGCCGCCCUGGAGGACAGACAGGCCACUGUCCCUACUCUGCUGUCAGAAAAGAAGAUGGACUCUGCUGCUGUCGGGAACAACAAUAAAGUCAAGGUUAUGGCUACCCAGCUGCUUGCCAAGUUUGAAGAAAAUGCUCCUGCCCAGGGUUCAGGACUGAAAAGACAGGGGGACUCUCUGCCCAAUCUGGACUGUAUUUUGCACCCAUCCCCGCCCAAACCCCUCGAGCCAGUGUGCCUAGCACCUGCGCCAGCUUGGAGAAAGAGACGCACACAACAGCAGGAGCAGCUGAGCAUUCGCUACAAAGAAAAGAUCAAGUGUCAGACGAUGCCCAACAGCGGGGAGCAGGCCAGAAGUGCUGUCGACCAAACAGCCAGUUCAAGCUCUCGGAGCUGCCCAAAGAAAACCAUUCUGCUCCUUUCUUCCUCCUCCUCCACUUCUUCGCUCUCUCAACGCACUGAGCAUUUGGUCGUCACUUCGGACGAAGAGGCACUUGAAUACUACGAGAAGCCUGUGAAUUACGGGGAGUGGAAGCCUUUGCACAUAAAAGAUCCAGGACCUCUCCGUGUACCUGGUAUACAGGAGAGGGCAGACUGCCUUAUCUCCAAAUUUAAGGGAAAAAAUGUCACGCCUCCAAAGCCUAAGAAAAAGCCGUCCCGUUUCUUUUUAGAGCGGUGGUAUUUGUCCCGUGGCAUCACUGAGCAUCCAAGCUCGUCUUGCUCCUCUUCUGAAUCUAGUAGAAAGAAUCCAGCACAGUCUUUGUGUUCGGCUGUCCCAAUGCCCUUAUAUGUGCUUAGUAUUCAGGAGAGGGCCGAGCAACUGGCUUCUCAGUUGGAUGGUAAAUCAACUGGACAGAAGCCUAAGAAAAAACCAUCAAGUUUUUUCAUGGCACAAUGGCACCUGGCCCAGACCCAAAGUGCCUCUGAUCCGUCGCUCUCAUCUGACACAUUCAGACAGCGCUAUGUAAGGAUGUACACUGGGGGAGUUAGCUCAUUGGCUGAGCACAUAGCCAAUCAACUUCAAUCGCAGGAAGAGCCCAAACAAUUACCUGAGAAAAGAGAUUUGGGCUCCCUCAGAAAAGAAUUCCCUGUCAAUAUUGGAGGCAGCGAUGUUUGUUUUUUCUGUCGGAAACGAGUAUAUGUGAUGGAGAGACUGAGCGCCGAAGGGAAAUUCUUCCACCGCAGUUGCUUCAAGUGUGACUACUGUGGCACCACUCUCCGACUGUCCUCCUAUGCCUUUGACGUGGAGGACGGUAAAUUUUACUGCAAGCCGCACUACUGUUAUCGUCUGUCUGGAUAUGCUCAAAGAAAGAGACCUGCACCUUCUCCUUCCCCAGCUCCAACCACAUAUAGGGAGAACUUGGAGGCCCCUAAUCCUGUGACAAUGUUGGAUGCCCCUGGAAGGGCGAUGGUGGUGGCAGGCCCCUCAGCCGAUAUCCGGCCUUCAGACGCCAAUGGCCUACAGGAGGCAAGCCUCGCAAAGCGCCUUCGUGGAACACCAGAGCGAAUUGAGUUGGAGAACUACCGACUGUCCCUGCAAAGGGAGGAGGAGCUGGAAGAGGUGCCAGAGGAGACGCUGGCAGAGCAUAAUCUCAGCAGCGUCCUGGAUAAAGCUACAGACAUUGACCUGGGCUCCAGUAGCUCCGACUCGGACAUGGAAGACGAUGACGAACAAGAUGAGCAGGAUGAGGUGGAAGUUGAGUUUGAGGAGGAGCAGCAACUUCACAGUCCCUCAGACCUCGGAGGCGUCACUUGGAAGGAGGCAGUACUGCUCCACGCCCAACUGAGAGGUGACCACUGCGAUGUCGAGGAUGAGGCUCUCGCUGAACUAGACGAUGAAGAUGAAGAGUCAAGUGAAGAGGGGGAUUACUGCCCCUGGGACAGGGAGCUCCAAUCAGGCCUUUGGCUGGACAAGUACCUCACAGACGAAGAUGAUAUUUGUACUUUUAAAGCCAAGAACCUACAAAUACAACAAAUCCUGCAGCCUUUGGAUCCUCUUGCGAUUCCAGGUGUGUCAGGAACACACGAAGACUCUGAGACAGAUGGGGGUGGCCAACUGGCUUCAACCUUCCAGCCCAUUGAGCUCACACAGCCCUCCUCUACAGCCCCAGCCCACACAUCUGCCCGGCACGAAGCAGUGCGAGUCUGGUUGGAUUCAAUGUCUGGAGAACUUUGUGAUCUGGAAGCAGAAAGUCCCGAUAUGGAACUUGGUACAGAAAUCGACCAAGAUGACAUCCCUUCUGAUGCUGAAGCUGAGGCACGAUUGCCCCCACCAUUGCACAGUGAAGCUUUUCCUGAGGAAGACAAGACAUCUGAAAGUGUGGGAUCGGCUCCAGAUAUUGGACCAUCCAGCACUGAACCUUUACUGAAAGAAGAUGAUGCCAUCCAUUCGCCAAUAUUGCCUGUAAUCGAACCUGAAAGACAGUUCAUAGAGAGCUCUUUUGAUUCUAAGGUGAAGUCACCAGACAUCUGCUUUUCCCCAAAACCUUUGGCUUUUGAGGAAGUAAAAGUUGAGCGGACAACACCCUCACCAACUUCCAAGAGCUCUUCGCCUGUUAUCAACCCUUCACCUGUUGCUUCUCCAGCUGCUUCUUCUGUGAAAGAUCCCUUCUCCCCUCCCGUGUCACCUUCCAACUCCACGACCAGCUCCCCCGUUAAUCCAGCAGUCGAGGUCCCUGGCAGAUCCCCUGUGAAGUCACAAAAUGCCUCACCAAUCUGUUCCCAGCCGACACCACAACCUGAAACAUGCCCACCCAAGUCGCUGGUGUCCCCUCACAAGUCUACUUGCCCUCUCACAGGCAACCCACUUUCCCCAAUAUGUGCACAGCCUUUGCCUUGCCAUGAAACUUCAUCACCUGUGGCCUCUGACUCUCCUGUCAGAACGCAGCCUAUUCCAAAUGUCACAUCAACACCGAUGACCAGAACUGACAGAGCUACUCCAGAUUAUGAGGAUUCCUUAUUAGCUGAAUCUCUGUCAAGAAAGACUGAUAUUAUUGAGGAAUUUUGGUUAAAGAGUGCUGAGAUUCGAAAGAGUCUCGGUCUUUCUCCUUUAGACCGCAGUAGUAAAAUCUUGGACGGUAGUGUUGUUCAAAGUCCAACACAAGACUCCACUCCUGCCCAAAAACAGGCUCAGGAUGUAUCAGAGGACCAGAAACCUGCUUUUACUGGACGCACUGUGAUUCGCAGACUCAACAUCACUCUUGAAGGUCAAGUCAUUACAUCCGUUGCUCCUGUGGAGGGUAAAAGUAAUUGCCCUGACACAAAAGAAUUUAGCAGCAGCUCAGGUCUGGGCGUGAAUGGUAGUAUGGCAACAAGCCAAACGGCGAACAGUGACAGCUACACCACCUCUGACUCCAUCAUGCUCACCCCACCCUCCAGUCCACCACCACCUGUGCCUAAUAAUCAAUCCCCUGCCGUUCUCAGGCAGCAAAAACACCAGGUUUCCUGGAGUAAUGGGACGGGAAAACCUCCAUGCGAGCUUGCCAAAGAACCACCAAAACCAAACACUCCUGUUCCUGCACAGAGAACCCAAAUUAGUCCUGUAUCCGCACCCAAACCUGCAACCAGAAAAGUGUUGUCGCCAUCAGCGGAUCUUGUGGAAACAUCAGUAGUUAUCAUGAGGGAGAAGAAGCCGCCUCGGUCCGAGGAGCUGAGGAAGUCUUUUGUGGAGACGGUGGAAGAAAUUCCAUUUGCUGAUGAUGUGGAGGAAAACCUUGAUGAACGAACGCCCGAGACGAGCAUUCAUAAGUUUUACACUCCAGCUACCAGCAAGGCUAGAGCUGACAGACCUCCCUUCCACCUGGCUUUAGCAAUGGAAAACGGCAAACCCAUUAUUCCUCUCAACCCAGUUUCUAAGACACAGAGAGCCACUCAGUUCUCCCCAGAGGCCAAAGAAAUAGCUGAGGAGAGGAUAAGGGCAAGAGAAAAGUCCAUUAAGAGUCAGGCUCUUAAGGAAGCAAUGGCCAAGCAGCUAAAUAAAAUGAAAGAAUCCAAUUUGGAAGAGGUCACCUCACCUAAGGUGGCCUGGAGUGUAACCCCGGACGUGUGUGGGAAAAGUAAAAUGUCUGCGGUAUCUCCAAAGACAUCUGCUGUUAAAGCUCUGGAAUCAAAGAAAACAGAGACUGUGCCCGAGCGGCUUUUCAGCAGCAACAGGAGUCUGGACAGCUCCGUGGUGUCCUCCGACAGCUCAUCCACAAGUAAGAGCAAGAAACGAAGUUCUCUCUUCUCGCCACGCAAAAACAAAAAAGAGAAGAAGGCAAAGAAUGAUGGUAGCCGGCUCUCGGGUGCCGAAGAGACACCACCCAAACCCAAGUCUUUGUGGAAGGCUGUCUUCUCAGGAUACAAAAAGGACAAAAAGAAGAAAGAUGACAAGUCAUGUCCCAGUACACCAUCGUCCAACUCUACCACUCAGGAUUCUGGGAAAAAGAGAGCAUCCCCUGUUGGAAAGUCAGCAGAUGCGAAGUCGCGCAGAAACUUGAGCUUUUCUGAGGAUUCGGAUCUGUCAUGUGACGACGUACUGGAGAGAUUGUCCCAGAAGUCAAAGGCAGAUCGACACACGGACAUCUUUGAUCUAGUAUCAGGAAUGCACAAGGAAGCAAUGAAGGAGGAGAAAUUGGACAAGGAGUCGAGGAGGGAGUUAAUAGAAAGAAAAAGGGUGAAAGAGAGGUUCAAAGACAGAGAAAAGGCAGUUGAUCGCAAAAUGGAAAAAGACAAUGAGUCUGUUUAUGUCCCUCAUGCACUGGCGUUCAAGAGAUCAUAUGCCUCAAAGAAAACCUACACAGAAGAGGAGCUCAAUGCCAAAUUGACGCGUAGAGUCCAGAAGGCUGCUCGACGACAAGCUAAGCAGGAAGAACUCAAGAGGUUACACCGGGCCCAGAUUAUCCAGAGGCAACUAGAGCAGGUGGAGGAAAAGCAGAGACAACUCGAGGAGAGAGGCGUAGCUGUGGAAAAGGCAUUGCGAGGGGAAGCAGGAAUGUACAAAGGUACUUAUACAUUACCCAAACAGCACAAAAGAAGAUCAGACUAUUGGGGAGAUUCUAAUUACAGUGAAAUCCUGGACUUACAUCUGGGCGUCCCUCGCUCCCUUUCCCCCUGUCUUGUGGAAGUUGAGCCCUUUGUGGGGAUGCACCGUCGGAGAACUCUCCCCUUCUGCCUCUGCUGUUCCCCUGAAGGUAUGGGAAAGAAGGAUGAUCCCAAACUGAUGCAAGAGUGGUUCAAGCUCGUGCAGGAGAAGAAUGCCCUCGUCCGCUAUGAAUCUGAACUCAUGAUAUUCGCCAGAGAAUUGGAGCUCGAGGACCGUCAGAGUCGACUGCAGCAGGAACUAAGGGAGCGAAUGGCUGUGGAAGACCACCUCAAGACUGAGAAAGAGCUUGCACAGGAAAAGCAGAUAUUAAAUGAGAUGCUAGAUGUGGUGGAGCAACGUGAUGCCCUGGUAGCACUACUGGAGGAGCAGAGGCUUCGAGAGAAAGAGGAAGACAAGGACCUUGAGGGUGUAAUGCUCUCUAAAGGCUUCAACCUUAAUUGGGUUUAACAAGAGUGAACUAAUUACUCCAAGUUGAAAUAAGCCUGAGGGUCUGAGCAUUUUUUGAUCAGUGUCGUGCAGCAAACAUGGGGAAAAAAGGCAGUUCCAUCUGAGUCUGUCACACCUGCAGCAGUGAAUGUGUAAAGAUUCCCAACGAACACACAUACGUGCACACUUGGCUGCUAUUAAGAUUGGUGGAAGCAGCACAGCGUUUACACAUCCUCAGCCCACAGGCAGUUCUAGUUAAUCACUUUUCAGGUUUGUACUGUCACUUUGGGUAGACAUUUGCAAUUUAUCAUUGCAGCCUUGAUGUGCUGGCACCUUUGGAAGCAUGUUUAAAGACUUGUUCAAUCCAGAAAAAUCGAAAGGGAAUAUUGCAAUCUGGCCCUGCUGAUGUAAAGGAAGUGUAAAAAAAAGUGUUCUGUAAAUACGUUGUGUAGAUGCAGUAACAUAUUACUGUAGAUAAAGAUCGUCCUCCUGUCUUUAGCAAGAACACAAAAGGAAGGCUUCCAAAGUUGCCUUCCUCCCCACUGACACACUGACUUCUUCCAAAGGAGCCACAGAUGUUUCUCUCCUUUUGACAUUGUGUUUUGUGGGUCCACACUAAAAACCAAGUAUGGUCUCUAAUAUACUUUUAAACAUUUUGGUGCAAGAGAUUUAGUGUAUUAGUUGUUGACUGAAAACUAAUAUCAAAACUUUAUUGAGUGUCCGUAUGCAUGUGCUCACACACAGACUGAUCCCCGGCAGGAGAGCAUCAUUCGACUGCCGGGCAACAAAUAUGCUGGGAAGCUGCUCGGUGUUCACAUUCCAUCUGUAGAAAGCCUUCAACAAACGGUGACAUAUACAAUGAGAGAACCCAUCGUAACGGCUCACUUGGGAGGGAAUGCAAUGGCAUCGAUGGUAAACUGUGGGCAAAACAGUGUGCCUUUAAGCCUCUGGGACUCACCCACAGCUAAGAAAACUUGGGCUUGAAAGCCCUGAAAAAAAGUUCCCACAAAUUCCAUUCUAAGCCACGUUCUGGGCAAACUGGACCGCAGUCUGGAACAUAGUGUAAACCUAGCCUAAUCGGUGAAAACUGCAGUCAUGAUGAGUAUUUUUUAUUUUGUUUCUGACUGGAAGGACACACAAUACUGACAUAAGACCAUUUGUCGCUUUAUUUGGUACACAAUAGAAGAGCAUACUAAUUCACCAUCCUCUUGCAAAUUUUUUUCUGUUUGCUGUUUAUUGUCCCUAAAAAGCAAAAUGAGUUUGGUUCAUUCAAGCUACUCUGAUGAGGGUGGGGCAGUUGAAGCUGGAGCGAACUCAAAAACAAGGGAGUCCAUGCAGCCCGAGUCAGCUGUUGACAGUCAACAGGACUACAGGGAAUUUGGCCCUGGUCCACCACAUCUGUCCAAGGUUGUUCCAAGAGUCUUAUUUAUUUUACGGCCCUCGGAUCUGAUCAAUUUUUUAAAAUUAUUUAAAUGAUUGUGUCAUACUAAAGGGCCCAAUCGAUGCUGUAUGCCAUAGGAUAAAAAUGUAAUUACAUGCCAAGGUUGCAAGACAUAUAUACAUACAUAGGGCUGUGCGACAUCAUUAUAUCGAUAUGAACAUUCAAGAUAUUAACAUUGAAAUUAGGAUGCUAUCAGUCAUGUGAAUUGACCAUUUGUGUUGCAUGUAAAAUUCAGUCUGAGCAACCGCAUACCUCAUUCAAAUUUAGCCUUGAUCGGCUGCUAAAGGCAGCGUGACAAUCAUCUUGGUCAGGGGAGGGAGACACGCACCUGCUGGCAGUCAGCGCACACACACACACGCGCACACACACACACACACACACACACACAAGCACACAUGAAAAAAUCCACCUACCUGUUAGCGACAGUUGCCAGAUAGAUGUUUGCAUUCAAACUACAGUCUAUACUAGGGGUCGGCAACCCAAAAUGUUGAAAGAGCCAAAUUGGACCAAAAUAAACAAAAAACAAAUAUGUUUGGAGCCACAAAUAAUAAAAAGCCUUAUAAUGACGGCAACACAUGAUGUAUGUAUGUAUGUAUGUAUAUGAGCUAUUUUAGCCUGCUAUCAACAUGACUAAGUUGGCCACGAUUACAAGUUUUUUUUUUCCCUGCAGUUCAUCCUGUAGAGGAGGGGUGCCCAAACAUUUUUGACGGAAUAUCUACUUUUCGAACAACCAACCUCCCGCGAUCGACACGUUGCCGCACGCCUCACCCAUACGCACACAGUUACACAUGCAUGCCGUAAUGAGCAACAGCUAUAACGACCGCUAAGAUGAACAAGGUACGGGACGCACUGUUGCAGCGUGCUAACUAUCGUAGCUCACGUGUACCGUUUAAAAUUUUUUCUCUUGGCCUCCCAGAUUCCCAUUCUUAGCAAGUACAAUCGGUGAAUUGUACAUGAAAUGCUGCGUUUUUGUUUUUUUAAACAAAUAGAAGCGUGUGUCGCAGGCUAUGAUGCAAAUAUUCCUCUGACAGAAACCAUAUUAAAACAAAAAAAAUAUAUUUCCCUCCUAUCGUUUUCCAUUUUCAUACAUUUUUAAAAAAGCUCUACGGAGCCACUGAGGGCGCUAAAGAGCCGCAUGCGGCUCGAGAGCCGCGUGUUGCCGACCCCCGGUUUAUACCGUGUACACAUACUGUGUUUUACAACAUGCCCUGAUCAUAUUUAUAUUUCAUAUGUAGUACUGUCAUGGAUAAAAUAGCAAAGCUUGUGCUGUGCUGGUACAAAUGUAUGAGUAUUGCGUGCUUAGCCAGUCCAUUAAAUUGGGUGGGAGUGGGACAGUGUAUUGCCUUUCCGAAUAUCCACACUUUCCUCAUGAUUAACGUUCAUGCUCUAUUUCUGCACAUCUUCAUUGGCUGCCACAAUCUAUGGUUUAAAAAACAAAACAAAAAAAGUAAUCCCAAUAAAAUGUAAUAUCAUAUGGGGAGCCUUCAACACGUAGUUGAGGUUGGCACAUUCACAUCGCUGGUAGUCCACACUUAACAUCGGGUGAGUGUGAGACGUUCACCUGUACUUUUCUUGUCCCAAGGUAACUUGGAACAUGUUCAAAAUUGCAAAAGAAAAAACACCAAAACUGUUGGCGAACGUUUUGGUGUCUAAUUUGUGACCUUGGACAAACCCUGAUGUGAACGUGCAUUUUGAUUUUGCAUUUUGAAGUGUUUGCAGCUCUGUGGGGUAGGGCCUUAAUGUAACAAGGAAACCAUUUGGUUAUUCAUUACUAAGUAUAUGUAUAAAGUAAAAACAUAGUUUAUCUGAAUACACUAUUAUUCUACAGGAUUUUCAGUCGGACACUCAAAUGCUCCUCAACCUCCAUUUUAUAUUUUGGGUAUUGUUUAAUAAAACCCUUGUCCCUGGGAUUAUCCUACAAAAACUAUUGCUCCUCAAAUUUAGGAAGUUGCGCCUCAAAUGAUUUGCAAAAUAUUCUCUCUAGUGGCACUGUAGUAAAACUGUUUUUCUCCCACGGUCCAAAGUGAUUUUACAAGUAAUCAGUCCAGGCUGUCCAGCCAGCUGGGACACGCUUUCGUUUCGCCAGUGACCUUGAAAAAUUUAAGAACUGCAUACAGAAUAAAUUAAGGGAUGAUUUCAGGGAUGUUAUGUUGUUUUACCUUUAAAUUUAUUCAUACAUACUUUAUAAAUUGUCACAGGAAAACACAUAAGCCUUUGAUGUGGUCAACGGCAAACGUCCAAAUUCUUGAUAUGAAAUUUACUGUAUAUCACAAUGUUAGCUAAUGUUUACAAAUACUCGUCCAUAUCAUGUCUUGCAUUUUCUGUCUCCUAAUAUAACCGUACAAGUGAGGAGAUUCACACACUAAAGCAAGUGGCAGUGUUCAAACAUACAGAUGCCUUUUUUUCCAUUGUGUAGCCUAGGUUUGUGUUUCAGUGGAUGUUUUAUUUAUUUUUUGGGGGGUGGGGGGUUGUACAAAAACAUUUAUAUAUUUUGUUUGAGGUUCUGGAGUGUUGCAAAUUGGAUCAGUGACAGCUUUUGGUCAUUGGUUUACUGCGCAUAGCGUACAUGUUAUAUCUAUGUACUAUGAGUUGAGAGAGUUACACAAUUCUUCGUGUAUAGAUUGUCAGUGUGAUAAGUGACAUGAUUGUACUGAUAUUUAUUAAUGUGUGAAAACUGUAUUAUAUGUAAAGACUAAGAUUGCAGAUUUUUAAACUUCUGUUGACACGACUUGUGUAAAUGCUUUAUGUAGCUGACUCUGUAUUGGAUGUAUGCUGCAAACAGCAAUAAAACAAUGAUUUCUUUUUCACGAAA